AUGUGUCGGGAGCCAAGCAUUAACCUGCUGGAGGCCUUUGUGGAGCACUGGAAGGGCAUCACUCACUACUACAUUGAAAGCACAGAUGAAAACACCCCAGCUAAGAAAACAGACAUCCCCUGGCGGCUGAAGCAGAUGCUGGACAUCCUAGUGUAUGAGGAGAAGCAGCAGAUGGCUGCUGACGAGGCUGGGCCCUGCCUGGAGUACCUGCUACAGCACAAGAUCCUUGAGACCCUGUGCACGCUGGGCAAGGCUGAGUACCCCCCAGGCAUGCGGCAACAGGUGUUCCAGUUCUUCAGCAAAGUUCUGGCCCAGGUACAACACCCCCUCUUGCAUUACCUCAACGUCCACAGGCCUGUGCAGAAACUCCUCCAACUUGGUGGGACAGUCCCUGGAUCCCUCACAGAAAAGGAGGAGGUACAGUUCACCACUGUCCUCUGCUCCAAGAUCCAGCAGGAUCCAGCCCUGCUCACCUAUAUCCUGGAAGGUAAAAAGAUUAUAGAUAAGAAGAAGGCAUCCAGAGAAUCCACCACCCUGCCUAAUAAGGCAGCCAGCCACAGGGAGGCUCUUGACAGGGACCCCGAGCCUGGUGGAGCCCAGGCCUCAAAUGCCCAGCUGCCUGCUGAGACCGAGGAGCCAGACAGUGGGACUGGAGAGCGCAACCUGAUUACCUCCCUGAUCGGUCUGUGCAAGAGCAAGAAAAGCCGUGUAGCCCUGAAGGCCCAGGAGAACCUGCUGCUCCUGGUAAGCGUGGCUUCCCAAGCAGCUGCCACCUACCUGGUACAGAGCAGCCCCUGUUGCCGUGCAAUCACUGAGCACCUUUGCCAGCUGUACCAGUCCCUGCCCUCCUUCCUUGACCCUGCAGACAUUGCCGCUUUGGAAGGCAUCAGCUGGAGGUUACCCAGUGCCCCAUCUGAUGAGGCUUCCUUCCCUGGCAAGGAAGCCUUAGCUGCCUUCUUAGGCUGGUUUGAUUACUGUGAUCACCUCAUCAUGGAGGCACACAUGGUUGUUGCAGAUGCCUUGGCAAAGGCUGUGGCUGAGAAGUUAUUUGUGGAAACUCUGCAGCCCCAGCUCCUGAAUGUGUGUGAGCAAAGUAUCCUGACCUCCACUGCCCUGCUGACAGCCAUGCUGCGCCAGCUCCGCUCCCCUGCUCUGCUGCAGGAGGCCGUGACUUUUCUCCUGGGCACAGAGUGGCAGGCUGAGGCCCCUGAGGAUGGACCUCACACCCUCUGUGCCCACCUCAUUGGGCACUGUGACCACCUCUCUGACGAGAUCAGCAUCGCCACGCUGCGACUGUUUGAGGAGCUGCUUCAGAAGCCGCAUGAGUGGAUCAUCCGCAGCCUGAUCCUGCACAACCUUGAGGGCCGCCCCUAUGUGGCCCGGAGCUCGCCUGAGCCUGAGAACUAUGAGGACACCCUAGAUCUGGAGGAAGACCCCUACUUCACUGAUGGCUUCCUCGAUUCCAGUUUUCAACCCUCCUCAAAGCCUCCCCCAGUUCCUACCACCAAUUCAGAUGGCAAAACAGCAGUGACUGAGAUCGUCAACAGUUUCCUCUGCCUGGUUCCUGAGGAGGCCAAGACAUCAGCUUUCCUGGAGGAAACUGGAUAUGAUACCUACGUCCAUGAUGCGUAUGGACUGUUCCAGGAGUGCAGCUCCCGAGUUACUUCCUGGGGCUGGCCCUUGAGCCCCACACCCCUGGAUCUGCAUGAGCCUGAAAGGCCUUUCUUUGAGGGUCACUUCCUCCGAAUGCUCUUUGACCGCAUGUCCCGGAUUUUGGAUCAGCCAUACAGCCUGAACCUGCAAGUGACCUCAGUUCUGUCCCGGCUCGCCCUCUUCCCCCACCCCCAUAUCCAUGAGUACCUCCUGGAUCCCUACAUCAACCUGGCCCCUGGCUGUAGGAGCCUGUUCUCUGUGCUUGUCAGGGUGAUUGGAGACUUGAUGCAGAGAGUUCAGAGGGUACCCCAGUUCCCAGGCAAACUGCUCCUGGUACGAAAGCAGCUAAUGGGCCAGGUUCCUGGGGAACAGCUGGACCAUCAGACCCUCCUUCAGGGUGUAGUAGUACUUGAGGAAUUCUGCAAGGAGCUGGCUGCCAUUGCUUUCGUCAAGUUUCCCCCACAUGGUCCUCACCUGAACCUCUCCCCACCCCCGUAA